AUGCAUUCAACAGCUCUUCUCAUCGCUUUGGCUCUUCUUGGCGUCAUCUGGGCGCAAACAAUCUCCGUUCCGCCAUGCACAAUGUGCACAUAUGUCGUCAAUCAGGCUCAAGCUCACUACAAAAAAGGCGAGAAAAAGGAUGACGUGGGUAAAGAGUUGAAUGAGGAUUGCAAAUCUCUGGAGCGUUUCUACGGAAAACAAGCGGUGAAGGAUUGUCAGGAUUGGAUGAAAUCGAAUCUUGACACGAUUUAUGCUGAUAUGCAAGCUGGUAAAACUCAAACCGAAAUUUGCACGGACAUUGGUGAAUGCGGAGUGAUCACAACGCCGAUGACAACUAGAACAACAACAACAGCAACAACAACAACAACGACAACAACAACAACAACACCAGUGGACACUUGUGCUCUUUGUACUUCAGUUAUUGAUACAGCACGAAACUUUUUCGACAACCAGAUCACCAACGAGCAGAAACUCAAGGAUGAGCUGGUCUUGAUUUGUAAAUCCCUCGCUGCAGCCUAUGAUCAAAGAAUCGUGCAGGGAUGCCUCGACGAUGUCAGCACCUACAUUGACGUCAUUUUUGUCGAUCUCGUUAAUGGUGAAACCUCGUCACAAGUUUGCAUGGAUAUGAAAGAAUGCCAA